AUGACUCCAAAAAGAUCCUCAGAAUUGGAAAUAUCACCACCUGUUCGCCUUCCAACAACACCCGAACAAUCUCCAACUAGAAGGAAAAAAUCUCGUGAAGACAAAGAUUCGAUAUUUUCCUUGUUUUUUGGUUCUGCCUCAAGACCUUCCUCACCAAGCUAUGAGCCAAUUUUACAAACGAUGAAUCAUUUUACUUCUAAAUCAAAUAAAUCGAGAAAUUCUACUUUUAUUAGAAAACAUUCAGCUGAAAAUCUCAAAUCUGCUUUAUCUUUACCACAAACUGAUGGUCCAAGAAGAAAAUCUUUUGAUUCUGUACAAAACGAUAUAAAUGCUAAUUAUGUGGGUUAUUUCCCUCCUCCUGAAAUAGCUCAUUUUACUCAUCAACAAUCUAUUCAUCAAUCAUCGCCAUCAUCAGCAGAUUUUAGACUUCAUCGACGCACAAGAAGUUCAGAAAGUGAUUCUGUUUUAGAUUCCGGUAGCUUACAUUCAACCGCUAGUAGUAAUACUCUAAUAAAUCCAACCCCUACUAAAGAAAAGAAAACUAUUUUCCCCAAAUGGUUUAUUAGAAAAGGAUCAAAAGAUAAAGAAAUACCGGCACCAUCAGAAGCUUCUUCUCGUAAAAACUCAGAUGCAGAACCCUACAUACAUACUAAUUUGGUAAUAACACCAACAUAUGAUAGGGAUGAUCCUUUUGGAUCAAUUAUUACUCCUACUUAUCCUAAAUCUGCUACAUUACCUGGAAAAAAUGACAUUCCUUGGAUUAAAUCAAAAAAAGAUAAAUCAGGAAAAAAAAAGGAUUUGAUUUUAAAUGGAAUCAAUCUUGAUACCGAUUUUGUUGAUAUGAAUGAUAUUAUAAGAAAUCCAAAUUACAUGUUAUACGAUGAACUCCAACCAGAAAAAUCAUUUUACGAUGGAUCAGAAAUAUGGUCUCCACCCGAGUCAUGGGCUUUUACCAUACGAAUUUUUCGUCCUGAUUCAACUUUUGGUACCGUAAAUUGUUCAUUAAAUACUACCACUGCUGAAUUAUGUCAAAUGUUGGGGAAAAAAUUCUUUGUUCAAGAUAUCUCAAAAUAUAAUUUAUUUGUAAAAAGACAUUAUUUAGAACGUGUACUAACUUCUCACGAAAGACCAUUAAAAUUACAAAAAAUAUGGCUUGAACGAGCAGGUUAUACUGAAAAAGAUAAUUUAGAAGAUCUGGGUAGAGAAGAUAAUAGUUAUUUGGUUCGUUUUACAUUUCGUGAAACAACCGUACCGAGAUUCGAGGAAGAAGUUAAUAUCUCAAAUUUUCAACAUGUUGACCUUCAGGCACGCAAUUUACAAACUAUCCCUAUAUUUCUUUAUAAACAUGCCCAUGUCAUUCGAUCACUUAAUGUUUCACAAAAUUUGAUGCUUGACAUUCCAACUGAUUUUAUACAAUCAUGUACUCAACUUCGUGAGCUUCACCUAUCUUCAAAUGAUCUUGAACGAAUUCCUCAAUCUGUAAGACAAUCUGAACUGCUAUCGAGCCUCAAUAUAAAUUCAAACAGGCUCAAAGAUUUAGAUCAUGCUAAACUUGAUAAAAUUAAAGGCAUAUUAAAUCUUCAAGUAGAAAAUAACAUGCUUCAAAGUUUGCCAGAAUACUUUGAACGAUUCACCACUCUUAACUUUCUUAAUAUUGCCAAUAAUUCUUUUACGGAAUUUCCAUUGGUUAUUUGUAAAAUAACAACACUUUCAAAACUAGAUGUUAGCUUCAAUAAAAUUUCCUCUAUCCCUGAUGAGAUUGGUCAACUAGUCCACUUAAAAAGACUAUUUAUGAUAGGAAAUCAACUUGCAGAUUCAUUACCUAACAGUUUUAAAAACCUAACCUCUUUACGAGAAUUAGAUAUUCGUAAAAACAAAAUUCAAAAUUUAGAUGUAAUUUCUUCAAUGCCAAACAUUGAACGUUUAUUAGCAGAUUCAAACAAAAUCAGCAUGAUAAAUCUUUCUUCAAGAACACUGCAACAAUUAACAUUGUCUAGUAAUCGUUUUACACAAUUUGGGUUGUCUGCGCCAGCAACUUGUCUUACAGUUCUUUCUUUAGCACACUCAAAGCUUACCACAUUGCCUGAUGAACUAUUUGAAAACCUUCCUGCAAUUGAAAAAAUUGAUCUGAGCAAUAACCAAUUUGUUUCGCUUCCAAAAACAAUCGGAUUAUUAACAAGAUUAACACAUUUGUCAUGCGCAAACAAUAUUCUCUCUGAGUUACCUGGCGAAAUUAGUACUUUAGUGUCUUUACGAGUAUUAGAAAUUCGUAAUAACAAUUUAACUUCACUUCCACAAGAAAUUUGGUUAUGUAACAGUUUAACAGUUUUAAAUGCCAGUUCUAAUCUUCUCGAACAAUUUCCUUCACCGCCACCGCCACCUUCACCACCACUAUUACAAAAUACAAAUGACUCACUACAACAACAAAAAUCACAAUUAUUAACUUCUAAAAGAUCUUCUUAUCAACAUCCAUUAUGUAUUUCUUUGCGUUCUCUUUAUUUGGGAGACAAUAAUCUAACCGCAGAAAUAUUUCCGGCGAUUUCAUUAUUAAUGGAACUUAAAAUAUUAAAUCUUUCAUUUAAUGAUUUAGAUGAAAUUCCAACUGGCGGUUUAAUUAAUCCUUACCUGGCAGAAUUAUAUCUUUCUGGUAAUCAAUUAUCAUCAUUACCUGAUGAUAUUGAAAAAUUGUCAAACUUGAGAAUUUUACAUGUAAAUGGUAAUAAGCUACAAACAUUGCCAGCUGAAUUAAGUAAAAUAAGAAAAUUGAUUGUCUUAGAUGUUGGAAGUAAUGCUCUUAAAUAUAAUAUCGCUAAUUGGCAAUAUGACUGGAAUUGGAAUUGGAAUAUGGAGCUUAAAUUUUUAAAUCUUUCUGGUAAUAAAAGAUUUGAAAUCAAACAUGCACAUGUCACAGAGAUCAAUCCACUUAAAGAUAGAAAUCUUGCAGGUUUUGGUGCUUUAACCCGACUCAGUGUUCUAGGUUUGAUGGAUAUUACACUAUUGAAUUUGACAGUACCUGAUGAAAAUGAUAAUAGGCGUAUUAGAACUUCAUCAUCCGAAGUUAAUUCUAUGUCGUAUGGAAUGGCUGAUAUAUUAGGAAUAAAGGACCACCAUUUGUCAAUAUGGGAAACUGUAAUUCCAAAAUUUCGUAGUCGUGAUGACGAAUGUUUAUUUGGCCUUUUUGAUGGGAGAAAUGGCCCGGAUCAAGGUGGUCCUGUUACCAAAUAUUUACACGAUUGGUUUCCGUAUCAUUUCAAGUCCGAGCUUGAGAAACUCAAAGACAAUGAAACAGUUGAAUCAGCAAUCAGAAGAACCUUUUUGGGUUUAAAUAAAGAACUUGGUUUAAAAGUUUUCAAUUCAAGUUUUGAGAAAGAGUAUGCCAGAGAAAACGAGAGUAAUCAUCAUCAUUCAAUAUCAUUACAAAUUGGUAAUAAUAAAUCGGGAGCUUCUGGCUUGAUAGCAUAUAUUUCAGGAACAAAAUUGUACGUUGCAAAUGUUGGUGGCACCACAGCGGUCAUCAGUCGUAAUGAUGGUAAUGCACAUGUUAUUGCAAAAUGUGAAGAUCCAACCAGUCCAAAUGAAUUCCAAAGAAUAAGAGAAGCUGGCGGAUUUUUAUCUCAUGAUUUUUUGGUGAAUGGUGAAUUUAGUGUUUCUAAAUCAUUUGGACAUUUUCAUUUAAUGCCAAUUAUAAAUUCUAAUCCAGUGAUUGAUGUGAUUGAAUUAUCAGAACAAGAUGAGUUUGUCAUAUUGGCAACAGAAGGAUUAUGGGAUUGUAUGAGUUAUCAGACAGCUGUGGACAUUGCACGAACUGAAAAAAAAGAUUUGAUGAUGGCCGCACAGAAAUUACGUGAUUUUGCUAUUGCAUAUGGUUCGGAAAAAAAAUUAAUGGUGAUGAUUAUUGGUGUGGGAGACCUGUUUUGUCGAAGAUCAAAACCACCCACAAAUACAGGAGACCCUAAUUUUAAAAAAGCACAAUAUAUCACAGAAGAGCCAGGAACAACCUUUUUCUUUGGUACUAGUAAGAAGCGUAUUAGAAAAGAAGAAAUUCCUAGUGAUUCAAUGAUGGCAAGAUUACAAAAAGAAAUUUCUCCGCCAACCGGACAGGUUGCUUUGGUUUUUACUGAUAUUAAAAAUUCAACAUUUUUAUGGGAAACAAUUCCGGUUGCAAUGAGACAUGCAAUAAAACAACAUAAUACCAUAAUGCGUCGUCAAUUAAGGAAUAUAGGUGGUUAUGAAGUUAAGACUGAAGGAGAUGCUUUCAUGGUUUCUUUUCCAACUGUAUCAUCAGCUCUUCUUUGGUGUUUUACUGUACAACUUCAACUGCUUGAAGUUGACUGGCCCCAAGAAAUUAUCGAUUCAGAUGAUGGUAAGGAAAUUUAUGGUGGCGAAUAUAAUGAGUUGCUGCAUAGGGGCUUAUCAGUUAGAAUGGGAAUACAUUUAGGCGUACCAGUAUGUGAAACUGAUAUUGUAACAAAAAGAAUGGAUUAUUUUGGGCCAAUGGUGAAUAGAACUGCUAGAAUUUGCAAUGCAGCUGAUGGUGGUCAAAUAUGUGUCAGCUCAGAUGUCGAGGCAGAAAUCAGAUUGUUGGAUGGUCUGAUGGAUGCAAAUGAUCACGAUUCAUUGUUUAAGAAAAAUGGCGAAUAUGAUGAUUAUUCAGGGUCAUUAACAACAGUUGCUACUAAUACUAUAGUAAAUAAUCCAGUUAUAUUAGAUAAAAAUCUUAUUGCAUUAAGAAAAAUGGGAUUUGUUGUUAAAAACAUUGGAGAAAAAAAACUUAAAGGAUUGGAAAACACCGAAGUAUUAUCAUUAGUUUUUCCGGAAGCACUUAAAGGUCGAAUGGAAGAAGGUCAACAAAAUAGGAUCACACAAGAGAAUAUUUUCCCACCUUCAUGUGUGAGACAACUUGGAUAUCUUUGUUUACGUUUAGAACGUAUUACAUCAGGAAAUAUAAACAAUCAAUAUAAUUCAGCAAGAAAUUCCCGUGCAGAUUAUUUAACAGGCUUAUUAACUUUUCAUGUUAAAGAUAAUGCAGACGAUGAAGAAUUGUUAAGGAUUAUGGAAAGUUUAAUAACAAGAAUUGAGAACGUUAUAUCAGCUUUAUAUCUUAAAAAUGUUAGCAAGCAUACUCGUAUACGUGAAGAGUUUGGAGAAACUACUCAAUUUGAUCCAGAAUAUAUAAUUGAUGCAUUACGAAUGUAUAUAAAAAUGGUCGGAAUUAAUAAAACAGAAAGCAAUAAAUGUGAUGGAUCACCAGCAUAA